GAGUUUAUUACCCAACACCGACUGUACAUGCUCGGUCCGGUUGUCUGAGCGUUUGUCAAGGCAGCAGCAGAUGCACCGUCCUGGCUGGUUUAAGUCCUCUAAGAAGGUACUAGUCCAAUUAACGUAGAGAAGGCGGAAAUCCACCCAUGCCGGCUAUUAAACUAACUUACAGCUCCUCGGCUCGACGAUGGAAAUGAACUGCGCUCCGGUAUAUGAAGACGACUUCUCACCAAAGCCCGCCAUCACCAAACAAGUUGGACCCAAGGAAACUUAAAGACAACCGAGGGAUGCUGGUGUAUUUUAAGCGGUGGUAGUCGCGUUUGGGCUCACAUAUUAAGCCUUUAUAAGCUCCCGAGGAGUAGCUGCUGUAGGCCUGCCUGCACGCGCGUCAUUUGGCGACGCUACGGAGUUUUUCCUCGCGCUGUUUGAGAAGCAGGCUUGUUAUCAUGGAAACAUACACUGAUGUGCUGCUCGUCACCGCUAAUGUCGGCUCACUCUUUGACAAUGUGGGUGAAAUUCAAAAUGAAUGGUUGCAAGAGUUGUACAAGACUAUCCACAGCUAUAAACCACAGUUCAUCGCUCUGCACUUCCAGGAGGUGGGAGGAAAGGACUACAUGGCCAACAUGGGUCAUGCUGAAAACUUCUUUUGGAGUAUUGAGACCAGUGAAGAAAUGAAGGGGUAUGACAGAGUCUGCAUCUAUGUGGACAACCAGUUCCAAGCAGAAGACACCUUCACGGCUUUGGGGAGCAUGUACUUCAUCCACAACUCACUGGAAAACAUCCAGCAGUACGACUUCGAUGUUCAGGAUUUCAGAGUGGUGUCAGGGCAGAACAAACACGUGGGCUCUCUGGACGGCGUCAACACGGUGGAAAAAGAAAAAUUCCCAAAGAAUUUCUGGCCUGAUUUCAAGUGGUCCAGAAAGGGCUUCAUGAGGACCCGCUGGAUCAUACACAACCAAGGUCUGGACCUGGUUAAUGUCCACCUGUUCCAUGAUGCCUCCAACCUCAUUGCCUGCAACUCCAGCCCUUCUAUUUACUCUGCCAACCGCAAAAACGCUCUAAGAUACGUCAUCAACAGGAUAUCAGAUGGCCGUUUCACUCCUCUGCCUUUUUUCCUGUUUGGAGAUUUUAACUUCCGUCUGGAUGCCCAGAGUCUGGUACAGCAUCUGUCUAAUUCAGCAGACAUUCAGACAGUGAAGAAGGACAGCAGUAACGAAGUGGAGAAGAUCAUCUGCGAAGAAAAAGACAACGACCAUCAGGUGCUGCUCCACAUUGAGGAGAAGUUGUUUGCUUACCUGCACCAGGCAGUUUUCAGAGAGGACAACGGCAGAGCGCUUUUGAAAUAUGACAAAGAAGUCGCAGCCUUUCAUGAUGUAGUUAGAGAAGAGGAAAUCAAGUUUCCACCCAGUUAUCCCUACAGUGAAGAAAACACUAAACCAACCCAAUACAUGAACACUCGCUGUCCUGCCUGGUGUGAUCGUAUCCUCAUGUCACACGCUGCCCAGGAGUUCAUCCAUAGGAGAGAUGAUGACGAUGAGAAAACUGUUGUUUACAACACAGUUGGUCCUUACGUCUGCAUGGGAGACCAUAAGCCUGUUUUCUUGUUCUUCUCCCUGAAGAUGAAUGAGCAUUGACUGGGAUCCUUCUCAAUGUUAGGAGCGCAUGUCAGUCUAGAACCGCACUGUCCUCCGGGUUCUGCAACACCAGAGAGUAAUCAGCACAACAAAACUCAUCCGUCCACCAGCUGUGGGUCUGAAACAAUAAAAACCCCGUCCUAACAUCGCUGAUUUUUUACUUGUGAUCUCACAAUGUCAACAACAACAGAGUAAUCAGAAGCUUUUAUGGAUGGAGAAUGAUCAUACACCUGCCUCUCUGCUGUCACAGAGACUUCAUAACAGGAACAAACACUGAUGUCUGUGACUCUGAACCAGACUCUGUUCAAGGUUCUGUGCAUGUUAUAGGAUUUUGAUUUGUAAAAUACUGUUUUUACAGCUGGAGUCAGAAAAAGUCUCAUAAUUUAAUCCUUCUUAUAUAUUUUAGAUAUCUCACAUUAUUCAGGAGCAACUAAUCUGGAUACAGUUAAAUCAACCAAUCAGAAUCCAGUAUUGUGAAACUGUUGCAUAAUUAACAUUCAGUUUAAAAUGAUGAAAUAAACAUUAAUGUUAUAAAACACAAUUUUUGUCAAAACUACUUUAUAAACUAUGAUUUUAAUAUCAAGUAUUAUGUUUUUUAACAUGUAUCAACUUAACUGUGUCAUACAGAAGCCCUAACGCCCAGUUCAGACUAAAGAAUCACAAGCUGGAACUCGCAGCUGCUUUUUCCGCUCUGCAGAAAUCUAAAAGUCUGUCAGUUCACAUCACUGUAACUGGAGGAGACGAUCCAUCACUCCCAUAACUACAGCCCUCUCAGUUCAAAGGCGUUUAUUUCUUAAGUUACUGCGCAGUAUUCUGUCUUUAUAAGAAGAACAGUGCUGCACAUUCACAGUUUUUUCUGCAUCUUUGUCAUAUUAAUGACAUCUAACAUAAGACUGUAUGACUACCACUCAUCACUAACUCUUUUAUCAUUAGCAUGGUGACAAAGUUUCAUGCUAACCCAAAAAUGCUUAACUAGCUCAGUCAUGCUGAGGGUGAUAUUUUUUUCUGCCAACAACUUAAACUGCCACAGUCUUUCAUUUAUCAGAUUGUCUAGCACCAUGCACCCUGCUUUUAUGCACAGCUGAUGGAGGAGACAGAAGUGAUAGAUAGCAUCCCAAAAUAAGCUGCAUGAUUUACCAAACUUAAUAUUCUACUUUGAACAGAUAUUUGAUAGUAUUUGUAGCCUAUCACAACAAGAUUUCCAUUCAACAUUUUAGAUUUAUCUGCUUGCAACAUCCAAAAAAAAAGUUAUUUUCGAUUUGAUGAUUUGAACUGUGAUGGCUCAGUUCCAUGUUUGGAAACUAAUUUUUUCACCUACCUGCCACUUUGACUAGUGGAUUCAAAACUCUGACAUUUUUUUCAGCCACUUUAUUUUAAGGAGCAGAAUAAUGAGUUUAGGUAUAAUAUAAAAUCAAGAAUUAUAGUAUUCAAGUUAUAGGCUAGGGAAAUGUUCCAACUAUUCAAGAAAAUGCUGUCAUGACCACCGUCUUGUUCAGAUUGCUCGGGGCUUCUGUAAAGCUGCAUCUUUUGAAUUUAUUUUAGAUUACAUUUAUAUAAAUUAAAAUGUAGAUUAUAAUAUUAUUUGAAAUAUCAGUUUAUAAACAUCUUAAAGCAACCACAACUGCACUGACAACAGCUGUUAUGUCUUUGCAGUGGUAAAAACUUCAUUUACUGAGCAAACGCAGCAGUAGUGGUUUACUUUGUUACAUACAGGUGUAGUUUGUAUUGCUUUUCCAUGUUCCAACUGUACAUUAAUACCAAGUGCUUUAUUCCAGAGGUUUAUACCCAGCAGUUCUCUAUUUUUGUAUCUGUCCUCACACAGAGACAGUUUUCUGUUGUCUGUUACACAUGACGUCCGUACAAGAAUCUGUCUGUCCCUAUCCUGCUUGGCAUCAACCUUACUUCAUUGCCAAAAGAAUUACAAUAUGGCUGCACGUGUUUACCUCUAACCAUAGUAAAGGAGUGUGGAUGUGUCACGUGGCCUCACUUGAACUUGACAUUCAUAUUUUUAUUUACAUCAUAUACUCAUUUAUGUGUGCGUGUUUGUGUGCACUCACACGUAAUACAAUGGCACUAUUUGUGUUUGGAUUUGUUUAUGAACAGUCUCAUAAUGUAGCAGCAGAAGUAUGUAUCAUUGAUGUGUGAACUUUGGGUUAGAUUUUUUAUUAUUUGGUUUUAUUAAUGACUAAUGGAAAGUUUGCUUGUCGUUGUUUUUCUUCCAUUCGUCCUGGAGGGUCACAGCAGUGGGGGGCAUUUGAUGUGUGUUGUUUUCUUUUUUGUCAAUUUUUUCUGGCUUUAACACAGAACACAGAUUUCCAAGCUUGGACUGGCAGUCACGUUUGGAUUCGAACAUUCGAAAUAACAAAAUAAAGUUACAAAUCAUGUGUUUAACGUUUGAACCGCUCACUGCAGACCGACAAGAGAGUGAAGCUCAUUAAUAGAUAAUUAGAUUAACUCUGGUCAAACACUACAUCAUUGUGAUAUUUCACUUUUGUAAAUAAAAUAUUA